AUGCUCGCAGGCGGCUCCUCCCCACCGCGCUCAGAAUCCCCCUUCACCGUCGCCCCCGCCCAUUCCCAACCACCCCCCGCCAAAAAGCGUAAAACAGGACACAACACCCACCAACGCACCUCCGCCGCCGCCUCCCCCGCUCCCUCCGACGUCGGCGGCGGCACCCCCAACCCCAAUCCCAGCACAAACCCGGGAACAGAGAACGUCCUGCUCCCAUCCUCAUCCUCCAUAACGCCCACCCAUCCCUCCCUGCUCAACCGACCCCGCCUCACCGUCUCCCGUGGCCCGGUCUUUAUCCCCAUUUCUGACGCCUCACCAUACAGCACCACCGACCUCGUCCCCUUGAACCGUAUCGGAUUCCGCUACACACCCGCCGGCGUCGCCUCGCCAGACGCGACACUCCCCUUCCGGACUAUCGAGAGCGCGCCACAGAAGUGUCGCGUGAGCUGGGAAGACCGCAGUCCGUUCGUGCGGGUGACACAGGAUGGACUAGGUUUGCUGGGCGAUAAAGGGUUCCGGAGCGCACGGAUGAACGUUCCUCUCAGGGAAGGAAAGUGGUACGUCGAGGUGACGGUCGAACAUGGUGGCGGCGCUCGCUCGCUCGACGGACCCGGGUCGUAUUCGAGUCGCGAGGGCGCGCACGUCCGGCUUGGAUUUGGACGACGCGAGGCACCGUUGAACGCGCCGUGUGGAUUGGACGGGUAUUCGUAUGGGAUACGUGACAAGACGGGCGAGAAGGUCACGCUAUCGCGUACGAGGCCUUAUGGACGUGCAUUCGGGGUGGGCGAUACUAUAGGGAUGUACAUCUCCCUCCCUCCGCUCCGUUCGCCCGUGAAGAACGACCCGCACGAUCCCGCGCACCUUAAACGCGAACGCAUCGCCAUUGACUUCAAAGGACAGGAAUACUGGGAAUCCCUCGAAUAUCCGCAGAGUAAAGAGAUGAUAGCAUUAAUGGACACCUCGCGCUCGAACAGGCCUACCGAGACGACCUCCCUCCCGUCCUCGACUAAGAAAUCCGCAACGGUGAAGAACGUGCCCGAGCGUGGUCGGGGCUCUAAAGACGUGCCGCCCGAACCUGCCCCGAUGCGUCCUCUACCGACCCUCCCGAACUCUCAGAUCGCGUUCUUCGUGAAUGGUGAAUCGCAGGGCACCGCGUUUCGCGACCUUUACGAUUUCUGUCCGUUGCGAGCGCCGUUGGACAAGAGGAAACGGGACAGGGGUAAGAGGCUGAGGGAGGGCGCGAAGGAACAUACGUUGAAUCCGUUCGACGACGGGUCGUUGGGGUAUUACCCGCUCAUCUCGCUCUUUAACGGUGCUCGCGUUCGUAUCAACCCAGGACCUAACUUUGCGUUCCCUCCACCUCCCGACAUCGACGCCACACUGAACGCCACACCCACCUCGGCUACGGGUAUAGCUACAGAAAGAACCUGGCGUCCGCUCCACGAACGCUACCCCGAAUACAUGGACGAGCAAUGGGCGAUGGACAAACGCGAA